GCUGGCUUCUCUUCGCGGAACGAUUCCAGAGAGAAAGACGAGGGUUUUGAAUCCUUGGUCUCCUCCUCGUCAUCCUUGAUCUCUCCGAUCUGGCGACCAGGAGAGCUCGGGACUCCGGUGGCCGGCGGCGUUCAACCUCUUCUCUGGGGAAGGAGUUUCUUGAGCCAUCAUGAAGGCAGAGAUACUUGUUGGAGGGUUUGGGACUCGCUUGCGUCCAUUGACACUCAGUGUGCCGAAGCCACUGGUUGAGUUUGGUAACAAGCCUAUGAUCCAGCAUCAGAUCGAAGCAUUGAAAGAAGUUGGAGUGACAGAAGUUAUCCUCGGCAUCAACUAUCAGCCUGAGGUAAUGCUCAACUUUCUGAACGAGUUUCAGGAUAAGAUCGGUAUUAAAAUCACUUGCUGUCAAGAGACUGAGCCAUUGGGAACAGCUGGCCCCCUGGCUCUAGCCAGAGAUAAGUUACUCGAUGGUUCGGGAGAGCCCUUUUUUGUCCUCAACAGUGAUGUCAUCAGCGAAUACCCUUUCAAGAAACUCAUCCAGUUCCAUAGAUCCCAUGGCGGUGAAGCUACAAUUAUGGUAACAAAGGUCAAUGAGCCAUCCAAAUAUGGUGUUGUGGUUAUGGACGAAGAAACUGGGAAGGUAGAAAGGUUUGUUGAGAAACCACAGACUUUUGUUGGCAACAAGAUCAAUGCAGGCAUCUAUCUGUUGAAUCCAUCAGUUUUGGACCGCAUUGAACCAAAGCCUACAUCAAUUGAGAAAGAGACCUUCCCUCAAAUUGCAGCUGAAGGAAAGCUAUUUGCAAUGGUCCUUCCCGGAUUCUGGAUGGACAUAGGUCAGCCAAAGGACUACAUUGCAGGCCUCAAGCUCUACCUGAAUUCUCUAAGAAAGAAAUCAUCUUUGAAACUAGCAAAGGGUUCUCAUAUUAUCGGUAAUGUGAUAAUAGAUGAAACUGCAGUGAUAGGAGCCGGAUGCCUAAUUGGACCAGAUGUUGCUAUCGGUCCCGGCUGUGUGAUAGAAUCAGGGGUAAGGAUCUCAAAGUGCACUGUGAUGCAAGGUGUUCGUAUCAAGAAGCACGCAUGCAUUUCCAGCAGCAUCAUCGGGUGGCAUUCGACAGUGGGGCAGUGGGCGCGCAUUGAGAACAUGACCAUCCUUGGCGAAGAUGUUCAUGUAUGCGAUGAGAUAUACAGCAAUGGAGGUGUUGUUCUUCCUCACAAGGAGAUCAAAUCUAGCAUCCUUAAACCUGAGAUAGUCAUGUGAUCAUGGUUAAAAAUUGGAGACUAUUUUAAAUUAGUGUUGUGUUUGUGAGUUUAUCUUGAGUUACAAGUUUGUUCCUAGAUAUGUAGGCUUGUUGUUUGUUUUAAAAGUUUAAAAGACCUUGUGUGUUCAUAAAUCUUGGUGAAUAAUAAAUAAUUUAUAUUA